UACUGGGCAUGCAAAGCAGGCGGCUUCUGGGUUGCACACGUUUGGUGUUGUCGGUGAUUCGUGUGGUAAUCUCGCUUCUUGGCGUGGUAGCGUCACCCUGAAGAACAGAGUGGCAGUGUCGGCCUAGACUCGGGAGCUGAUGGAGUUGGCGGCGGAGAAGGAAGGGACUCCGGGAGGAGGUCCCCAGAGGGUAGCGGAGGGGGCGCGGCCGAGACCCGAGGCUGGUGGGGAGGGAGCCUGGGACUUAGGUGGGAGCCCCGAGGCUGGCGAUGGAGAAGAGAGGAUCGGACUGGCAGGCGUUGAGACCACAGAGGAUGCGGAGGAGAUAAAGAUGGACUUAGCCGUGGUGAAGCAGGAAGUGGUGGACUGGUCAGAUGUAGACGGUGGCAACUCGGUCAGCCGCUGGGUGAAGCAGGAGGUGGAGGGCGGGCCUGAAGUGAAGGAUGAGAAGGUGGGCGCGCUGGAGGUGAAGCAGGAGGCGGAUGGUAGCCUGGUGGUGAAAGAGGAGACGGUGGAUGCGCCAGAAGUAAAGGAAGAGAAAGUGAAGGUGAAGGAGGAGGUAACGGACUGGGAAGAAGUGACGGAGGAUUUGAACGUAAAACCGGAGUUGUUUGUUGGUCAGAACGUAAAGGAGGAGCAGGUGUUGGAGGGAGUGCGCGUCAAAGAAGAGGAUUGCCUCAAGAGAGAAGAGGUGGACGGCGCGCAGGUGAAGGAAGAGCCCCAGACGAAUCCCCGAGUGGGCUGUAAGAGGAAGUUGGCUAUGUCAAGGUGUGGAACUUGUGGGACGGAAGAAGCCAAGUACCGAUGUCCACGCUGCAUGCGCUAUUCCUGCAGUUUGCGCUGCGUAAAGAAGCACAAAGUAGAGCUGCCUUGUAACGGCGUCCGCGAUAGAACUGCCUAUGUCUCGCUGCAGCACUUUACUGAGAUGAAUCUGCUAAGCGAUUAUCGAUUUUUGGAAGACGUGGCAAGAACAGCAGACCAGGUUUCAAGAGAUACUUUCUUGAAAAGGCCAAAGCGCAAAAAAUAUCUAUUCUUUAUGAAAAAUCGUGCCCGAAAGCAAGGUAUUUUCUUGAGGCUUCUACCCAACGGAUUCAGCAAGAGGAAAGAGAACUCAACAGUUUUUGACCAUAGGAAGCAGCAGUUUUGUUGGCAUGUAAAGCUCCAGUUUCCACAGAGUCGAGCUGAGUAUGUAGAGAAAAGAGUACCAGAUAAUAAAACUAUUAAUGAAAUUCUAAAACCUUACAUUGAUCCUGAAAAAUCUGAUCCUGUGAUUCGUCAAAGAUUGAAAGCCUACGUACACUCGCAGACAGGGAUCCAAAUUUUAAUGAGGGUUGAAAAUAUGCAGCAAAAUAUCGUAAGAUAUUAUGAACUGGAUCCUGACAAAAGUCUCUUGGACAAUCUGAGGAACAAAGUGAUCAUUGAAUAUCCAACUUUGCACGUGGUAUUGAAAGGAUCCAGUAAUGGCGUGCAGCUUCUUCACCAAGCCUUCUUUGCUUUCUGCUGUGUAUGUGAGGACAGGGUGCAGCCGCAUGAACGCACAGCUAAGCUCUAUGCAGUGCGUGCCACGACAGACCCUUCUCUACCUCAUGGAGCCAAGCAGCGUAAACGUUAAACAAGAUAAUUAUCAUUUUUAAUGACUUAGUUUUAAUGCGUGCAUGUGCAUACCUCCUAUACAGUGCUCUAAAGGCCAGAAGAGAGUGUCAGGUGCCCUAGGCUGAAGCCAGAGCAGUGUGAGCUUCUCCAUCCCACUCCAGUGGUUGUUGAGAGCCAAGCUUUCGUGCUCUGGAGGAGCAACAAGGGCCCUCGACCCCAGCCGUCUCUGCAGACCCUAAUCAUAGUUGAACCCUAACAGAGGCCGAAGUGUUUCAUUGUGUUGCUUACUUUUAGUUUCAUGUUUAAGGACGGAGUGAUAUGCAGUCACCAGGGGUUCAGUGUACUGCACUCUGGGACAAACCCAGGGAGGAGACGUUGGGUCUUGGUCAUGGAGAACGUCAGUAUUUCUCACCCUCAGUAUGGCAGGAGCUUCAGAGGCCUCCAUUCUGCUCAGUCUUCUGUCAGCCCACAUGCAUUCACACAUACUCACCCUUAACUUUAAGUUAAAAAAACACAUAUGUUAAAAAAAAAAUUCCAGCUGCAUGCGAGUAGGCUAUGAAUAUGGAUCAUAACUGAACCGUGAGGCCCGUUCCCAAGUCUUGCACAGUCAAGAAGGGUGUACCCUCACAAAAUAGAAUUGUCACUUCAUUUAUUCUGUCCAGAAUUGCGGAUCCCAGCUGCCUGGGACGUGACAUGGUUUGUCUGUCCCUGUGAGUGGUGCUGUUGCUAUGCAUCAGAAGGGAGGAGAGAGGAGGAGAAACAAACAGGCUGAGCAGUAUAAACAACUGACUG